UAAGCCGUCUCACUCCUUUUCAUUUUGCCCUUAGCAUCUCUCUCCCGUGCAGCCGAAAGGUCUCAAUGCUUAUUCAACUUCCAGCUGUUCUCUCCUGCGCAUAGUCCCUUUUGCUCUUUUGUGAUUGCUCACGUCAGCUAGCAUACUCUAUUGGAGGGUGGUAGCUCAAUGGCAAGCAGCAGGCCAGGCAGCUGAAACCGUGGUAUCCGAAACAGGUCACCCCAGGCCACCUAAAGCCAGCCAACCAAACUCUGCUAGAAGCUGGCACAGCGCUGUUACUUCUGCUCUGUUUCCACCACCGCUACGGCCGCCGCACCCAGCUCUCUCCCAUUCGGCGCGCGGACCCCUGUGUCUUGGACGGGCGUUGCACACGCUCGAUUCUAUCCAACCAACACGGUUACCGCCACCGCCAUUACCAGCCAACUUCUUGCUUAAUCGAGAGGGGGAGAGAGUGAGACAGUGAGGGGACUGACGUUCGGUUUAGACAGACCGCUAGCAUAUCGCCAAGCUGUUCCGACAAGCUAACUGUGAGUGGCCUGGUUGUGCAGUAGAGAAGUCUUCUCAAUAGUAGCAGCAGACCCAGAGAGCGCGCGGAUUUCCUCUGAUCCCUGACGACGUUCUACCGAAGCUGUCAGACCAGCUGUGGUGGCAGCGGUAGUGAUCGUUCGGUCGAACUGUAUCUGCGAAGAGGUAAAAGUAGACGACGACCAGCGCGAAGAAAAAGCCUGGCAUGAAAAGUUGCAACAGUCAGCGAUUUCGCACAGUUUGUUAGCUUCAUUUUCAACGGCGUCACCGAAACUGUCGUUUCUGUCGCUGCUAACGAAGCUGCCGUUAGCUCCAUCUAUAGCAACAUCAAUACCUUCGUCACUACGCCUACCCCGCUAUUUCCACUCCAUCAUUUAUUACUUUUAAAAGUUCGAACGUGUGCUGGUGGUACGUUUGUUUGUUAAUUGCUCUUGUCGCUCAAGUGGUACUUGUGUCAUCGACAGCGUCGAUAACAAGAAACACGCCGCGGGAAGUGGAGACGGCGUCGAAUAUUAAAAAAAAAAAAACAUAAUAACUUGUCGUGUGUUUCUCUGAUUGAGGCACACACAGUGGCUGCUAGAUCAGUAACGCCCGCCGUCACUCAUUGUCGAUUUUCAUCAUAUUUCAUCAUAUGCUGAAAGUCGGUACACUCCGUCCUCUUCCAACCAUUGCAGUGCUUUUUGGCGUCGCGCGUAUGAAGGCGAUCCAAACGCAAGAGGGAAAGAAAGUAAAGAGCGGACGCUUUUGGAGUACGUCUUGAAACAAACUUCCUCCUUCUCCUUUGUGAUUCUCUGCGUCCUUGUAUUCGAAGCAGUGUAACGAGUGCGCAUUGUUUUUGUCUGACCAUUUUGAUUUUAAGGAUACUAGCUGUGCCCGCCACAAGUGAUCACGAUCCCAGCGCUGCUACGAAUUCCUACGUCAGUUAGAAGAGCGCUUUCGUACUGGCCCUGCAUCGCCUGUUUGGGGUCGGUCACCGUUCAGUUGGUAACGCUCAGGUCAGAGCUGUAUUUAGCGACGACAACAAGUUCCAGAAGAAGAAAACAAAGUACCCUGUUAACAACAACAACAACAACAACAACAAUCAGCACAACGAUCGUCAACAUGAGCAGCAGCGAGCAGACAGAAGAAUCGAGGACACAUCCCAUUACGCAGGCCAUUCCAGAGAAUUCGGCCAUCGACGCCAACGAGGUCAAGAGCAUCGAAGUUACUACAAAGAACUGCGGAAAACUACAUGUUCACGUCCAGGGAGACAUCGAGAACCUGGAGAAAAAGGCAGUUUUUCUGACCAUCCACGACAUUGGAAACAACCAUUCGUCGUUCCAAGACUUCGUGGAUCAUCCAUGUAUGUCCGAGAUAAAACAGCGUUCCGUAUUUAUCCACGUUGAUGUGCCUGGGCAGCAUGAUAAUGCCGAUGAUUUGCCCAACGACUUUAACUAUCCGACGAUUCAGCAGAUCGGUGAGGAUCUAGCUCAGGUGCUAGACCACCUCAAGAUUAAUAUCGUCGUGGGCUUCGGUGAAGGGGCAGGAGCUAACAUUCUCGUGCGCUUUGCUCUUGCACACCCCUCACGAAUUUUGGGGCUCGUCCUAAUUCACCUGAUAGCAACCGGCGUUGGUAUGAUGGAGUACUUCAAGGAUCGAUUCCUGAAUUGGAAACUCUCUAGCGUCGGUAUGGACCAGUCUGCCGAACAGUAUCUCGUUUAUCAUAAAUUUGGAGCGGAGCACCUUGAAAUGGUGGAUAAUAAAGAAACGCUUAUCAGCGAAUACACUGAGAAGCUGAAGAAGCAAAUCAACCCCCGCAACCUCAAGAAAUACGUUCAGUCUUACAUGAACCGCAAGGAUAUCAGCUCGAUGAUCGCCAAUAACCUUAAAAACGUUGACAUUCUGCUGGUUACUGGCAGCAAAGCUGCUUAUGCGACUGAGGUGGAAAAAGAAUAUCAGAAAAUGGGAAAAGAGAAGACGUCCAUCCUUAAGAUCAACGAUGUCGCCGACCUGAUGCAGGAAGCUCCCGAGAAGUUGGCCCAAAGUCUCCUGCUUUUCGUCAAGGGACUGGGAUUCCUGACCUCCAUCACCCUUCCGGGUGUAGAAAGGCAGCGAACCUUCUCCGGGGGUGAUCACAAGAUGCUGGGCGCCGUAGGCCGUCGAAGGACGCUCUCGAUGGAGGAGUACGACCUGCCGCGUCCGCGCAGGACUUCCCUCACCGCCAACAAGUGAAGCACUACGUGAACAACCAAUCAAGCGGCCACCCUGCAGCAAUGACUGCCUGAUGUGACCUAUCUACAUGUCUUCAUGUCAUAACCGCAUGUCCCCGUUCCCACUGGUGCCGAUCGCUCUUAACUCCUAAUUAUGUCGCACUUCUUUCCUCUUCUAAAAUCCCUCCCUGGUAUGCCCAGCCUCAUUCAAUCCUAAAAAAGUAGAGCUGGUAAAACGAGCUUCCUCCCUAGGAAAGAAUUGUCAGAAGACAAGAGUUCCAUCAGAUCCUUCACAACAUACAUCCGCCACAUGUUGGUUCAGGUAAACCGAGCCGAGUGCUUGUCUUAUUGUGGUCAAGUCGUACUCGCUGCUAUUUAUUUCCAACUAACUCCAGUUACUUAUGUCGAUGUGAGACAUUUUGAUAAGGUUGCAUUCUAACAAUAGUUGACUUAUGUUAUUCGAAGUUACUUUUUCGUGCUGCAGAAUUAGAUAGGCAGAAAAUCUCUAUAAUUUACUGCAAUAUACGCAUACUUUUAUUUGUUGUGCGCUUUCUAUGCAUCUGCUUAUUAGCAUCGAUCAUACUAGGGACACUUGUGGUUUUCCGUCGGUCGUGCUCCUCCUCUGAAAAAAAAAACCCGAAAUGGUAUCAGUCGCAAUAAUUGUUCGUGUUAUUGGCGAAAUAUUCGUGUUAGGUUCAUUAGCUUUGUUUUUUUUGUCGUUAUUUUUAGAAUGGGUCCUUGCCUCAGGACAGAUCCUCCUAGCCAUGUUUUCUUUAUCGAGAGCAACUAUUAUAAGUUAUUAUCUAUAUAUGAUAGAUGCUAAUGUUUUCACCUAUGUUAUUACUAUGAACACUUGGUUUAGCACGAAACCGAUGAUGUCAUCUCUUAUAUUUAUCCAUCUAUAUAUAUGUAUACAUAUAUAUACAUAUAUAUAUAUAUAAGCGAUUCGGUAUUUAAGCUGUAUAGCCAGUACGCAUUUAGAUAUCUGUUCUUUCCCAAAACUAACUAAUUAAAGAUCACUAAGUUCCUUGGGGUCGAGUAGAUUUCUUAUUAGGACUCGUUUGCUUGUAUAGUUGUUGUUCCGAAAAGCUAUAAACACAAUUAUAAACAACUGCAAGUAGCUAGUAAUUUUGUUCUAAGAGUUUAUAUGAUUGGAUAUUGCUAUUCAGUUAUUGUGUUUAGUCAUUGUCUUGAUGAUCUACGGCUCUCGUCUUUGCUAGAGCUGAUUUAUAAACUUUCUCUAUUUUUGCUAAUAAAUACUUACGUUAGUCUAGAUCAUUACGGCAAAAAUAUGCUUAAUUCAGUGUAAUUCCCCUCUGAAAAGCCUAUUGCUGUACUAUAUACCUAUAUCAAAAUAGCCAAAAAGGUAAAAACGAGCACAAUGAAGGCACACCCUCAACUAGUUUGUAUUUUGUCGAAAAUACGAUUUUUCGAUUGGAUAGGUACAAGUCAGAAGCAAAAAUCAGACGGCUGCAAUAAAACGAUAAAAAUUAGCUACACAUCCUUCAUUACUCCCUGACCUGCUUCUCCUCGGUACUGCGUAAGUGGUCGAGCCUCUUUGAAUCUGCCCGAUAAAAGCUACUGAAUGGACAAGGCUACUAUAACCAUAAGAAUGUUUAUCCUGUACAGGUUGAUCCGUUGAAAGACGGACAGUUCUCCCCUGACAGCCUCCAUCUUUUUACACCUCAAUUGGAUGCAAGUAACCUAGUUACCAGCACUCGGUGUUGUGCAUAUGAUUCAUUUCCGUCACAAAAACAUACGCUACCCGUUAUCUCUCAAGGAAUCAGCGUUGUUGUUUAUACGAUGAUGAGUGUGUGACAAAAAAAUAAAAUGAAAGAUAAACAAACACACACACACACACGCUCACGCAUACAUACAGAAAAUUAAGAUCAGAUCGUUUUUGUUCACCUGUACAACAUCGGUCAUGACCUAAGCGCUAAGAGUGCGCGCGUAGCCAAAAACCGCGUUAUCGAUUAUUGCCCAAUAUCCUUCGCGACAUCCGCGACGGUUUCAUCGAUCCGGUACAUUAUGUAAUUUUGGGGCUACCAUUCUUGCAAAUGCAUACAUCUUUCUGAUGUUAUGUGGUCUUAUUUCUCUACACACAGGCAGAAUAUUAUCUAAAUUGAUGUACAGCCGUCCCUCCCGUUGAUGCUCGAUUCGUGUUGUGGGCAUAUAAGUUUUCUAAGGUCAGUUUAAAUCGAUAGCUUCACACUAUCUGUUCAACGUUGUUAAAACUGCAUCGAAGGCCUUUAAGCUACUAAUGGUAAAAUUGAUUUCGAGAGACUGAACCAAAAAAGACAUUCGCACUCGGACAAAGACACGCAGCUAAUGUUCUCUAAUAUGAGCAUCCCCUAUGUCAUAGGUGAGUUUCUUCUCUCUAUGAAACAUAUCUUCGAGCAUAUGGCAACGACCUGAGUUGCCAUGAAGAUUACUGUAGACGACAGUUUUUGCUGCUUUGUACCAGUCAGCCUGUCGCUUAACUAACAUCUUAUAACCGCUUAGAGUCCCGCUGCUACCAUUAAUAGCUGUUAUACUUCUUAAGCCUUCGCCAUAGCGGCUGUAUUCUUACGUAUCUGUAGCACACGAUGUCAACCCACCAAAAUAGGAGUUCUUCUAUCCCUGAGUACCCUAUCGUUCCUUGUUCUCACGGCUGUUAUGGUAAAAACGCCCCUUCUACGACACUCAUCAUCUGCCAAGCACUCACUUCUUUUGCCCGUCAAUUUCCUCUCAUUCCUUUCCGUUCUAUCUGCAUUCACUAUUCUACGCGCGUUCCUUUGUUGACUCUCCUUAAACCGCUUUACCCUACCCUCCCCUCCCCUCCCCUCCCCUCCCCUGCCCUCCCCCAGAUACCCCCUGCUCCUAACCCCGGUUCACGACUAACUUUCACUUCAACUAUGAGGACAUGUGCGAACAUCAGUGCGUUCUUCGGGAGACCUCCAGCCCAAUGGGCGGAGAUUUGCGAUCUGUUUGAAUCUGAUACCUGUGAGCUUGUUAAGCCAACGGAUUAUCAGGCAAUAGCGGCACUUGUCUGCAACAGUUUCACUAUGGAACAAGGUCAAGAACGACAAAAUGAGAAAAACAUAAAAUUAUUUUUUAUUUACUAACGCUAUUAAUAUUAAUUAUUACUGCUACAGAAAAAAAAACACUAUAGGGCAAUAGCAGACGGUUGUUCUGGUCUACCGUGUUCAUCAUGCAGCUAUUAUACCAGUACUGAAUGGCGGCUAUUUGUCAACUGUGUAUUAUAGUUAAUGGAGCCAGAAAUACGUUGACUAGAUUCGCUCUAAUCUAUUAGUGUUCUUUAAUAAUUCACACACUUCUUUACUGCUAUUUACUAUUAUAUAUGAGUAUUACUGUUAUUAUGAGUACUCUAUUGUUCUAUCAUUAUUGUUAGAAUCUAAGCGCUAUGUACUACGUACGACUAAUCAAUCCUCUUCAUAAUUUCAUAGUAGCAGACGACGAACACUAUAAUAACGUUACUAAAUAUAGCCAAAGGUAGCUAGUGAGGUCUUCAACGGCAGGAAGAAACGGAAAGAACGAAAAACGACGCGUAAUAUCGCAUGCUGUUCAAGCCGCAACAGCUCUGUAGUGUCAACUGAGCAAAAAGAGGAUGCACAAAACUACUCAAAAAAUUACAGGAAGACUUAGAAACGCUGCGAAAUAGAAAAGCGGCGUUCCAGGGUGGGUCGCUGAGCUGCCGUGCUAUAAUCACAACAAAAUGAGGGAAAUACCAAUACGUGAGGUAAACACGCACGGGAUGGGGAGAUGAUAGCACCAGAGACUUGGGACCAAAAGGUCUCCGGUUCCAAUCCGGUUAGCGCUUUCAUGCAAAUUGUGUCCUUUACUUGAAAAUAUAUUAAUGAGGUAAACAAUUGAAACUUUAUUCACACGGAAGUCUAGAAUGGAAAAUAGAGUUAAUUUCUUCAUGCGUCUCUAGAUGUGACAACAUCCUCCCCAGCCCCUAGACGUUGCCUGUGAGUCGUGGUCACCAAACAUCGAUUAUAAGGAAAAAAGACCCGAGUCAACAAAGUCUCGGUAACAACGAAAUCAGUUUCUGAUCAUACUUCAAACAUCAGUAUAGCGCUCGUUUAAAUUGUAUUUAAUAAUACAAUAGCAAAGAGAAAACGUCAGCGACGUAAAAAUGAUAACAACAACAGACACAAUGGCAAUUAAAUUUGAAACACUAAUCAAGUUCUUAUAGCGAUGGCAUUGUAUUGCAUCAAGUACUGCGAUAAUAAUAACGUCGGUGUUUUUACGUCUAAAUACCGCCAUUAGGGUGAAGUUAGUGAAUGUAACUUUUACAAGCCCGUUUAGUACGGUCAGCAUCAGGUUCAAUGAAAUACAGUAUACACGAUUGGGCAAACAAAAAACAUAAUUAGAAAAAAUAUUACGAAUAAACAUAGGAACACCGGACCACGCUACUACCAGACAAAGUAUGACCGAUGACAAUGAAUCGUAAGCAGCGCCGCAUGAGUCACAUGCUAUAAACUGAGCGCUUGUGUGCAUCGAAUGAAAUUGAUAACUUAGAUUGACAAUUGGCUUGGGUAAUGGAACGAUAUGUAAGAAAAGCAUAAAAGAUUAGCAUGACUACCAUAAAAUGUCCACACCUCCUAUGGCCAAACGGUCGCUGAAAGCUCGAAAAUACAGGCGACUCGUACAGAUGCAACUCGCCCUUCGUUGCCGGGGGGCAGUGAUUGAUACCUGAUACUAUAAUACUAUAAUCUGAUCUUAGAAGAUUGAAGCCCCAGUUUAUUUGCGUUUCCGAAAGGUCCAUUGUCGAAGUAUUGGGAGCCGGGAAAAUUAUGAUACCGGGAGAAAGCCAUACAUCAUCACAAUGUCAACCCAGCUCCACAACUGAGAUUGAUAAAGAAAGUUGUUUGCUAUUAAUAUUCGAAAACUCAAACAGUGAAUUCCAGUCUCGAGUUCUCAUGAUGUGCACCGUCGUAAUAGACCGAAAGCAGUCCCGUGAGAUGCCGCUGUGGCAUCUCGUCCGCUGGCUGUAUAGGGUCUGUUGCAGGAUCCUUGAUUAUAACCAUGAUGGUUCAGUUCAUGACAAUAACGCUUCAUAGAAUCCUGAGACAAUAUUAUAUGAAUUAGUCGAAAUACGACACAGCGAAGGUUUGCUAUCUAGUUGGUAGGUUAUGAAGGAUGCAUAAAGAAGGUCCAGAUGCAGUUAUACGACUAUGAUACUCUAAUACUAUUAUAAAAUAGCUACUGAUUCAGUUAGAGGUUCAAGACCUCAUGGUACUACUAACUAUUCAACCAUGGACUCUAUAAAAUAUAAAAUAAAACGCUAUUUCGAGAUAAACAUGAUGACAAAAGGGAUGAAGAGAGUUACAAUAACAGCUAUAAUUAUUAUGUUGCUAAUAUUGAUAUACGAUAAGAUUGAAAGAUUAUGAUAGGCAACUAUUAUAUAUAUAUAUAUAUAUAUACGAUUUGUAUAAAAUAGUGUGAAGUGACAAAAAGCCAGCGAGCGACAAAGAAAACGCGUGUAAUCAGAAUAUAUCCCAUAAAUAGCACCAUGGAGCGAGAACCGAGAGAAAAAGGUCCUACAGCAUGCCUCUAAAGGCAUGUCGAUAGUGAUAAUACCGACAUAAUUAUUUGGAUAUAUUGUGCCGUCGCAAUAAAGAUAAUCGUUAUCAAAGCCGU